CCAUGGUUUCGGGUCGUGAAAGAGUUCCAUCGGAUGCAAAGACCGCAUCGCGAUGGCGGGUCAGCGUUGUUUAAGCCGGGAGCAUACGUAGUCGUCCUUCCAUGUCUGAUUACCUUUUGCACCAAAUAGCAAUAUAUGCCUAAGCCUACCUCUUGGAGCACUUCUUUCUUAUCUAACUGAUACCAAUAACGAAGAUACCCAUCACACCUGCCUUUUCAUAAUGCCGCUCUACUACACUGACACCACUCCCACGAACGGCAUCCCGGAUAUGAACGGCGUACCCUCUGAUUCUCCUCCACAACCGAAAUCCGAUGACCUCUCGAACGCGAUAGCGAUAGUCGGCAUCAGCUGCAAGUUCGGCGGGUCCGCAUCCAAUCUCGAUGGUCUAUGGCACACAUUAUCCAGCGGCGAAAGCUGCUGGUCAGAAGUUCCCAAGAGCCGUUUCGACAUUAGCAAAACAUCGCAUCCUGAUCCUCUGCGGACAGAUAGUCUCCAUGUAAAGGGCGGCUACUUUAUUGAGGACGAUUUAACUGAGUUCGAUGCGCCAUUCUUCAACCUUACGGCGGAGGUUGCGAAGUCCAUGGACCCUCAGCUGAGACUGUUGUUAGAAGGAGUAUACAAUGCGACUGAGAGUGCGGGACUUCCCAUCGAGAAGCUUUCUGGUUCAAAUACCUCUGUAUACUCCGCGACCUUCGGCAGAGACUACACCGAGAUGAUGAUGAAAGAUGCGGACGCAAUGCCCACGUCUCUCGUCACAGGAAACGGCCCAGCAAUGUUCGCCAACCGAGUUUCACAUUUUUACAACCUGAUGGGACCCAGUGUUACUGUCGACACGGGAUGUUCAGGUGGUCUAGUAGCCCUGCACAUGGGUGUCAACAGCAUCCGGAAUCAGGAAUCAGAAGUCUCCAUCAUUGGAGCUUCCAAUGCGAUUUUGAACCAAGAUUUCUACAUCGCCAUUUCGAAUCUGGGUCUACUACACGAAGAUGGAAAAUGCUAUUCCAUGGAUCAUCGCUUCGGGGGUUAUGGCAGGGGCGAAGGCAUGGCGGUGCUGGUGCUGAAGAACUACUCCGCAGCGGUGAGAGACGGCGACCACAUCCACGCUUUGAUUCGCGAAUCGGCUGUCAACCAGGACGGUAGGACCGGGACGAUAACAUCUCCGUCUAUGGAUGCACAACAGCAGCUCAUCAAGCAAUGCUAUAGCCGGGCAGGAAUUGACCUCUCGUCGACAGGCUACGUCGAAGCCCACGGCACAGGAACCGGGGGUGACGCUAUUGAAGCCGAAGCCUUGGCAUUGACCUUCGGUAACUCAAGAGAGAAGUUUGACCCAAUCUGGGUCGGCUCUGUCAAGAGUAACAUCGGCCACACUGAACCUGUUAGUGGGCUAGCAGCAGUCAUCAAAGCAGCUCUCAUUUUACGCCAUAAGCAAAUACCGGCAAACCCUACCUUCGAGAAAGCCAAUCCGAACAUACCACUGGAGGAUUGGAAGCUUCAGGUACCGACAGCCCUGACGCCAUGGCCACAAGACAAGCCGCUCAGGAUAUCUGUCAACAACUUCGGUUAUGGUGGAACCAAUGCACAUGUCAUCCUCGAUGCACCCCCAAGCCCUAGCACACAACGUCGCUAUGCACUUCAGAAUGGCGACGGCGAGAUCGCCAAUGGACAUACGAGCACCGAUGGACACGCCAGCGCUAAUGGACAUGCCGACAUCAAAGGACACCCAAGUACCAACGGUCAUGCCCUUAGCAACGGCCAUGCGACCAAUGGCGUUGAUCAACCUUCCGACAGCUCUACCGAACCGUCAUCUCUGGUCUACAUGCUGAGCGCCAAAGAAGAGGCCGGUGCAGUCACACGAUGCAAAGACCUAGCAAAGUACAUCCGCAACACUCUCCAGGAAGGGAAUGCCCCAGCGCCCAACGACUUAGCCUACACGCUUUCGGAGCGCAGAUCGAGGUUCCCAUGGACCGUUGCCGUCAAGGCCCGCAGUCUAGAGCAACUGGCCGACGCCCUCGAAGACAGCCGCUUGAAGCCGACCCGCGCAUCUUCUGCGCCAGUCCGUAUAGGUUACGUCUUCAACGGUCAGGGUGCGCAAUGGUACGCUAUGGGCCGCGAGCUCAUGACCUCAUCUGAGGUGUUCAGCUCAUCCAUCGAUCAAGCGGAGACCCACUUGCGGGAGUUUGGUGCGCUUUGGUCGUUGAGAGAAGAGCUAUCGCGUGAUGCGAAGACGACAAAGGUCGGUGAGAUUGAGCUUAGCCAACCGCUCAGUGUCGUUGUUCAGCUCUGCUUGGUAGAUUUGCUGCGAUCGUGGAAUGUCGUUCCUUCAGGUGUUGUCAGUCACUCGAGUGGUGAGAUUGCGGCAGCAUACGCCGCAGGCGUUCUUUCGUUCAAGGAAGCUGUUGGUGUCGUAUAUCACCGUGGACGACUUGCCAAGAAGUACCAGAAGCUCACAAACCUAUCGGGCGGCAUGAUGGCUGUUGGUCUUGGUGCUGAGGAAGUCCGAGAGUACCUGACUGAUCUCUCUUCUGAUGGUAAGGUGGUAGUUGCUUGUGUCAACAGCCCAUCCAGUGUUACGAUCUCUGGUGAUAUGGAUGCCCUGGAAGAAGUCGCAGACCGUUUGGCAGAAGAUGAUGUCUUCGCACGGAAGCUGAAGGUCCCUCUCGCCUAUCACUCUCACCACAUGGAGCACAUGGCGGAGGAGUACCAGAGUUGCCUCGAGGAACUUCUAGGACCAAUCACAGAAGGCAAGCUCGACGUCCUCUUUGCAUCUCCAGUGACGGGUGACAUUGUCACUUCGCGUUCUACUUUUGAGGCCGCACACUGGGUACGCAAUCUCACUAGUCCCGUCUUGUUCUCGAACGCGUUGGAAGCGUUAGUCUUUGGGUCGACAAAGCCUGAGGGUGAAGCGCCAACACCGAAUCGCCGGGUCUCCAUCUUCCUGGAAAUUGGAGCGCACGACACCUUGUCAGGUCCCGUCAGACAAACGCUCGGCGAGACACGCAUGCCGUAUCUUUCUUGUCUGAAGCGGCCUUUGAAUGCGAUUGACACCGCGCAAGACGUCGUCUGUGCCCUCGUGGCGCGAGGCUACCCCGUCCAUCUCACUAUAGUAAACAAGCCCCAAUCCAACAUCUCACACCAUUCAAGGUAUAUACACGACCUUCCAGAAUAUCCUUGGAAUCAUCAGACUUCCUACAAGAUUGAGCCAAGGGCUUCCGAAGAGCACCGAUACAAGCGCUUCAAGCCCCAUGAGUUGCUCGGCAGGGUUAUUCCUGGAUCGAACCCUUUGACUCCGACCUGGCGCAACUUCCUUCGCACCAACGACAUUUCUUGGCUGGUUGACCACCAACUGGAGGGGAGCGUGGUUCUGCCAGGUGCAGGAUAUGUGUCAAUGGCUAUCGAAGCAAUGUGUCUUCUUAAGAGCAAGCCUGACCAGGAUGUACCCAAUUUGCACUAUCAUUUGAGAGAUGUAGACAUCAUCAACGCUCUGAUCAUACCACAAACGUCGAGCUUGUCAAACAGAGGAACAGAAAUUCAUUUCUCGCUCCGUCCUUGCAGCGACAAAGACCUCGACAACGCCGAUUGGUACGAUUUUGAGUUGUGGUCGGUCAGCGCCAAGCAUGCUUGGAUACAGCACUGCAAGGGCUGCAUCACAGCUAGACCAGACCACAGCGUGCAAUUAGUAGAGGAUGCCAGGGCUUCUCUUGGCUCUGUACUGUCUCACCAAAAGCACACCAAGGAGAUCGAGCCCGAGACCCUGUACCAAAGGUUGCGAGAUUCGGGCUUCCACCACGGACCAACAUUCCAGAACAUUGUUGGGAGUCGCGUUCUUCGUGAACGAUCGGAAACCGAGUUCUCUGUCGCUCCAGCGGCCUUUGAACGCGAACAGCAAUACAUAAUACACCCAACGACGCUGGACUCAAUCUUCCAAUGCUGUUAUGCGACCCUACCCGCCGCUCUCACGAAGGAUGCAAUGUUCAUCCCUCGCUCGAUCCAGAAGGUGAUCGUGGCGUCCCAGCUCGGUACGCAUGCGGACCAGCGGUUGCUCGCAAGCCUGGACUGCCUGUCGUCAGGCACCAAAGGUUCGACCUUCACUGGCUUAGUGUUUCCCACAGGAGAUGAUGCACACCAAACAGGAUCGUUCGAGAUGCAGAACUUUCGUCUCCAGCGGGUUACCCAGGCGGCCACGGGUGCGCAAGAUGCGAAGUCAGGGCAUCCUGCGAUCCAUUCCAAAAGCCGAUGGGAACUCGACAUCCACUAUGCUAUCCCGGAUGAUAUCAAGGACUUGAUGAGGAUUCCCCUAACCCAGUCUGAACUAGACUUUGCAAGGGAUGUCCGCGAGAUAUCUUACCACCAUAUUGCCAGAACUCUGGAGCAGCUGGGACCCAAGGCUGACGACCAAUGGACUUGGUAUCACAAGAGGUUCUACGAAUGGAUGAACUCCAUCAUCCUGACAGCGGACAAAGGUACCCUGAUGUCAGGGAGCGACGAAUGGUCCACGAGAGACAAAGCUUCUAUCGAGGAGCUCUGUAAUCGAGUGGCUCAAACCAACGCGUCCGGAGAGUUGGUCCAGCGCGUUGGAAGCCAUCUGUGUGACAUCGUGCAAGGCAAGUUGACACCUUUGGAGUUGAUGAUGGAAGACGGACUUUUGAAUCGCUACUACGAGCAGCUACCGCAGCUUUGCAACGGCUCUUACAAGCAUCUCCGAAAGAUUGUCGAGCUUUACUCUGUUGUGGAAUCCGGAGCCAAAGUAAUCGAGAUCGGUGGUGGAACUGGCGGAGCAACAUCCGUUGUUUUGGAUGCUUUCGCUGCGCGAUCGGAGCAAGAGUCAGGCGCUUCGCUACUGGGCCAUUACGACUUUACGGAUAUCUCUUCAGGGUUCUUUGGCGCAGCAAAGACCAAGUUUGCCACUUGGGAAGACAAGAUGGACUACUCCAAGCUCGACAUUGAGCAAGACCCGACCGAGCAGGGUUUCGCAGCCCAUAGUUACGAUCUUGUAGUUGCCUCACAUGUGCUUCAUGCGACACCGAGCCUGGAGCGCACCUUGUCGAACGUCAGAAAGCUGCUGCGACCAGGAGGCCAGCUCGUCUUGCUCGAAGGAAGCCAGGAUUCGCUCGACGUCCAGUUGAUCUUUGGAACUGUUGAGAGAUGGUGGUUGAGCGAAGAGCCUGAACGCCAAACAUGCCCUUACGUUAACCUGGGAGUAUGGGACAAGGCCCUGAAAGCCGCAGGCUUCACUGGCGUCGAGUUCGAGAUUGGAGACUGCGAGAACCCUGAAGUCCAGUUUACCAGCACCAUCUUGUCGCACGCCAAAACCCAGGAUCCAUUGUAUCCGUCUUCAAUUUCCAUUGUUGUACCGUCAGCUUCGGAACCUCAAGCCUGGUUGGAUCAAGUAUCCGGAACUGUGCAGCACGUUACUGGUUCAGCUCCCUCGGUAGAGACUCUCGAUGAAGUUGAGGCAGACAGUGACCGUCUGCUCAUCAUGGCGCUCGACCAUGGCACACCUUUCAUCGAUACCAUGGAUCGCGAUACAUUUGCGAAGCUCCGUAGUCUCCUGUUUCGGUCCAAGGGCAUUUUUUGGCUGAGCUUUGGUGGAGCUGUCGAUGAUGAACAUCCACGCUUUGCCCAGGUGACUGGUCUCUUGAGAACUCUGCGACGCGAAGAUCCAAGUACACGAUACGUUCGGCUGGCAUGCGAGCCACCCCAGCAAUCAUUACCAAUUGAGACCAUCCUGAUGCUUGCGCAUGUGUUCAAGCAAAGCUUUGAUUACAGCUCAUCUGAGAACAUCAACAUUGAUUGGGAAUAUUCCGCCAAAGACCAGAACUUGUACGUUCCCCGCAUCUAUCCGGAUUUUGAACAGGAUCGGGUUGCCAGCGGAGGCGCACAACCUCUACAGCUGCAGGAGUUCAGCUAUUCCGGAAAAUCACUCGUCCUACAACCACCAGGCAGCGGUACAUCUGGCGCAGAGUCCUGCUUUGUGGACAUAUCUGAUGCGGCGAAAGAUCUGCCGAGUGGAUUUGUUGAGAUCGAAGCGAAAGCCUUUGGGCUGAACAUUGUAGGGGCGAGUGAAGAGAACGAGUCGGCUGCGCAUGAGAGCAGUGGUAUCAUCAGGAACCUUGGCCCGGACACACGAGAUUCUGGACUUCGCGUUGGAGAUCGAGUGUGCGGUAUCUUCAAAGGACCUAUCAGCAACGCCGGUCGCGCUCACUGGACCAGCGUCGUCAAGGUUUCCGACAAAUUUACAUGGGAAGAAGCCGCGUCCACCCCAUAUGCAUAUUCGACCGCCUGCUUAGCCUUACGCGACAUCGCAAGACUUCAGAAGCAUGAGCGAGUGUUGUUACACUUUGAUACGGUAGGUGUUGGCCAGGCUGCUCUUGCACUGGCGGAGAACAUCGGAGCCGAGAUCUUCGUCACUUGUGGAACAAACGAAGAGCGUCGAGUUCUGCUGGAAAAUUACAACAUCGCUCCCAGCCAUAUCCUGCAGGGUGAAGCCGCCUCUCUCGUUUCUGCUAUCAAGUCUCAGACGAACAGCGAGGGAGUGGAUGUGACGCUAAGCUCGGUUACCGGGCCGUUGCUCAAAGCAUCUUGGGAGUGCACUGCACCAUUUGGUCGCUUCGUGCAGAUCGGUAAGGCUGAUACCGAGAAGGCAAAGUACCUUGACAUGUCACCCUUUGGCCGCGGAGUGUCCAUGACUGGUCUUGAUACCGUCCAGUACAGCGAGAUGAGAGGCGCCAUGUUUCACAGAGCAUUAGCCAACUCCAUCGAAUUGUUGCAGUACAAAGAAGCGAAACCCGCGACGCCAAUCAAGAUCUUCAAGCUGGCUGAGAUCCAUGAAGCGCUCCAGUAUGUCCGAGGUGGGAGCAACUUGGGUAGUGCUGUGAUCCUGCCACAGCCAGGUGACGAGGUUCAUGUCAUCCCGAAGGCUGAAACGUCGCUUGGCCUAGAAGCUCCGGACUCUACCUUCAUGAUCGUUGGAGGUCUUGGAGGUAUCGGACUUGCCACCGCUUCGUGGAUGUUGGAACAGGGGGUCAAGAACCUGUUGAUCGUUUCCCGCAAUGCUGUCGCUCAUCCGAAGGGAUUGGCGUUAGUUGAACAAGGGCAAGAGCACGGUUGCAACGUUCAUCUUCGCAACUGCGACAUUGCCGACGCAGGAGCGGUCUGUAGUCUCCUCGCAGACGUGAAAGCAGAGUUACCUCCGAUCCGUGGAGUUCUUCAGAUUGCUGCAAUUCUCGACGACACGGUCUUUGAAAGCAUGACCUUCGAGCAGUGGCAGAAGGCCAUUGGCCCCAAAGUCACUGGCACCUGGGCCCUUCACAACAACCUGCCCGACCUCGAAUUCUUCAUCACGACCUCUUCUGCCACUGCAGUUCUCGGCAACGUGUCACAGAGCAACUACACCGCUGGCGGUACGUUCCAAGACGCGAUUGCGCGAUACCGCACUUCCCUUGGCCUACCUGCUGUGACAAUUGAUCUUGGUCCUAUUGACGAUGUCGGAUAUGUCGCACAAGGUGGAGAUGUGGUGAAGAACCGCGUGGAGAAGGCCCUUGGCAUGAAAUGUCUUCCAAUUGCCCACGUAUUGCGACUAUUCGAGGAUGCAAUCAGGAACCCAAGUCGACGCCGGGCCGAAAACAGUCAGGUCAUUACGUGUAUCACUGGAUACAGCAAGUUGGUUGACGAUCCAGCGGUGAAGAACGACCGUCGAUUGGGAACCCUUCGACUGGGCGAUGACACAACGAUAGAAGCCUCAGCUCAGGGACAGUCUGAGUCCUCCAAGAACAUCGAUGGAUUGGUAUCUCAGUUGUCGGCACUGUCUGCGGGUGACAACAAGGCGAAGGAGGUUGUUACGGACCUGCUGGUAGCCAAGGUUGCCGACUUGUUCAAUCUGGAGACGAGCGCCAUUGACACUGCUGACGCGCUCACAAGCAUCGGCGUCGAUUCCCUGGUUGCUGUAGACUUCCGAAACUGGUUGGGUAGCGUUGUUAAAGCUAAACUCCCGUUCUUCACUGCUCGGUACCGCAAUUGCCUUGCGCUGUUGCUCCCUCUCACUCUUGUCAAUUGCCAAUUUCUGCCUUGCUCCAAGUUUUCGAACAUGACGCCAUCACCUUCCGAAGCCGCUGCAAAGGUUGCGCAAGUCGCUGCCGGCACCAACUCGUCCGCAAAGGUGUACAAGAGGGAGUCCAACACAGCUAGGGUCUUGGGUGCAGGAUGUGCGGGAAUCGCAGAGCUCAUGGUCUUCCAUCCGGUCGACACCACGGCGAAGCGGUUAAUGAGCAACAUUGGCAAGAUUGAGAACGCAGCACAUCUCAACAAGGUCGUCUUCAGAGACGCGGCCGGCGCGUCAGUCUCUGGGCGAUUCCUCUCACUGUUCCCCGGUCUCGGAUAUGCCGCCGCAUACAAGAUCCUUCAACGAGUAUACAAGUUCGGCGGACAGCCCUUCGUACGCGACUACCUUGCCCACAACCACGGUGACAGCUUCGACCGCGCAUUCGGCAAGGGCAACGGCAAAGCCAUCAUGCACGCGACUGCUGGUUCCAUAAUCGGUAUCGGUGAGAUUGUCCUCCUGCCGUUGGAUGUUCUCAAGAUCAAGCGACAAACCAACCCUGAGGCUUUCCGAGGCCGUGGGCUGUUCAAGAUCAUCUCCGACGAAGGGCUCGGGCUAUACCGUGGUUGGGGAUGGACGGCAGCACGUAACGCGCCAGGAUCAUUCGCAAUACUAACAUGCCCCCAGCUCUUCGGUGGUUCCGCUGUCGCCAAGGAGUACUUCUACAAACUCACCGACUACAACUCGGCAUCAUGGUCGCAAAACUUUGUCGCCUCCAUCGCCGGAGCCAGCGCAUCGCUCGUCGUCUCUGCCCCUCUCGAUGUCAUCAAGACGCGUAUCCAGAACAGGAACUUUGAGAACCCCGAGAGCGGCUUCAGGAUCGUGUCCAACAUGAUGAAGCACGAGGGAUUCACUUCCUUCUUCAAGGGACUGACGCCCAAGCUGCUCAUGACAGGACCCAAGCUCGUCUUCUCCUUCUGGUUGGCCCAAACACUGAUCCCUGCUUUCGGCAAAAUUAUAUACGACUACCUCUUCAAGCUCCUCCUCAUCGGUGACUCUGGUGUCGGAAAGUCGUGCCUGCUCCUUCGUUUCGCAGACGACACAUACACCGAGAGCUACAUCUCGACCAUCGGUGUCGACUUCAAAAUCCGAACGAUCGAGCUCGAUGGUAAGACGGUGAAGCUACAGAUCUGGGAUACCGCCGGCCAAGAGCGCUUCCGAACCAUCACAUCCUCGUACUACCGCGGCGCUCACGGCAUCUGCGUCGUCUACGAUGUCACCGACAUGGACUCCUUCAACAACGUAAAGCAGUGGCUGCAGGAGAUUGACCGAUACGCAACCGAGGGCGUCAACAAGCUGCUGGUGGGCAACAAGUCCGAUAUGGCGGACAAGAAGGUUGUCGAGUACACCGUAGCAAAGGAGUUCGCAGACAGCCUCGGCAUCCCCUUCCUUGAGACCUCCGCAAAGAGCGCCACCAACGUCGAGCAAGCUUUCCUUACCAUGGCCCGCCAGAUCAAGGAGCGCAUGGGUACCACAACCGCCAACACCAAGCCCACAGUUCCCAUCGGCCAGGGCCAGGGUGUUCAAAACGGAUCCGGCGGUGGUUGCUGCUAGAGAAAGAGGAAGAGUUGUUAUGUGUCGGAGAACGGACCGGUGUCUACGGAUGAGCAAUACACGGCGUAGGUGUUGAUCUCCUGCCUUUACGCCAUGCGAGGAUUGGUGCAGUACUACGAUAACGCGCACUGAUACAUGACCGUCAUGUCCCCCAUUCGUCACCAUCUCCACGUUUCCAUCCCGAAGUUGUGCUAGCAUGGCGACAUCCGAUCGCAUAGAAUGGGGGCUCUCGUUUGGAUUUCUGGGAUGGGCUGGUGUCUGCAUUACAAUUUGUGGUGGCCACUAGGUCUCUUCCCUUCGGUGUCUCAGGUGUUCUUUAAUAUGGGCAAUCAGACUUCAUCUUCUAGAUCCGUCGUGCAGGUUCCACAAACAAACUUGCGCUCUAGUGAUGUGAAGACG